GGCGGAGAAUCGGGAGCCCUGAGCCCUAAUUUUCGUGCUGCUGUCCUUCCCUGCAAGCAGACGUCGCCGGACUCCACCACGACCCGCCGCCGGCCCUCCUCUCCUCCCCCAACGCUUGUCAUUGUUAUUAUCUCACUCUUCUUGCCUCACGACUCUCCUCGUAGGGUUUUAGGAGCUUCGGACUCGGAAACCCACUAAAACCCUAACACUGAAUUCUCCUUCUCCAAAUCGCAGCUCUUCCGGCUAGAAUCUAAUGGGGAAGAAGAAGAAGGUAAUCCUUCCUCCCGAGCUCCCUCAGGAGGUUGCCGACGAUGAGGUUGAAGUAUCCGACGAGGAUGUUGAUUUCGUGAGAGAGAAUCUGAAAUAUGCCAAAUUUCUCACCAAAUUGGACACGAACUCAAUCAACCGACAUGUUACACGAGUCGCUGAUCAUAAGGAAGAUGAACUGGAAGCUCUUUAUGAGAAGCGGAAUAGAAAAGCUGCUCUGCUGAAAUCCAAGGAGGAAGAUGAGCGGUACGUGGAUCCAGUUGAUGCUCUUCCAAUUAAGACAUUAGAUGGAGAGUUGCAAUACAGAACGGCCAAGGGUUCAAAAUCUGGAGACAUAACCAAUGAAAAUAAAUCUGCAUCUUGGAUUAAAGAUAGUGAAAAAGAUACUGGUGUAGUAAAGCUUACAAAAGCAGAACGAAGGCUAAAAAUGAAGAAAAGUAGAAAGGAAGCUAAGAAACUAGCAGAGGAGGAAACAAAAGUUGAUCCUGCAGAAGAAAAACUACACUCAGAAGUGCUGGCUAAGGUGGAGGAGGACCUUUCAGCUGAAGAGUUAUUUGCAAAGAAGAAAAUUAGACUGGCAGAAGUUGGGAUGGCAUUGAUUGAAAAUCCUGAGUCAAAUAUUAAGUCCCUAAAGGAGUUGUUGCAGAUUUGUGAUGAUGAUGACCAUAACAUAGUCAAGCUUGGUUUGAUGUCUCUACUGGCUGUUUUCAAAGACAUCAUUCCUGGGUAUCGUAUCAGGUUACCAACUGAAAAGGAGCUGGAGAUGACAGUUUCAAAAGCAGUACAACAAACACGUUCCUAUGAGUCUACACUUCUACACUCGUACAAGGCAUAUCUUCAAAAACUGAUAACCUUGGAUAAGCAGCCUACAUUUCACCAUGUCGCUGUUCGUUGCAUGUGUAGUCUUCUAGAUGCUGUACCACAUUUCAACUUUCGUGAGAGCUUAUUAGCUAACGUCGUCAAGAAUAUAAGCUCCUCGGAUGAUGUCGUAAGGAAACUCUGUUGUGAAGCGAUAACGUCACUUUUCAUCAAUGAGGGAAAGCAUGGUGGUCAAGCAACUCUGGAAGCUGUUCGAUUGAUUGCUGCUCAUGUGAAGUUCCAUGAUUGCCAACUUCAUCCUGACAGUAUAGAUGUCUUUUUAUCCUUGACAUUUGAUGAAGAUCUUGGAAAAUCUGAAAGUAAGGAGGAAAAGGUGAAACACAAAAAAAAAAGGCGUUGGCAGAAUCAAGAGGGCUCAAAUCAAGUGCAAGGGAGUGAUAGAAAGAAAGCCAGGCAGGAAUUAAUGGUGAAGACGAGAGAAGAGGUCAAUGCAGAUUUUAAGGCUGUUUCAUUUGUUCCAGGCUCAGAAGAGCGACGAAGGAUGCAGUCAGAAACGCUUUCUGCUGUUUUUGAGAUGUACUUCCGUAUUUUGAAACAUAGCAUGGAUCCUUCUGUCUCAAGGUCUAAAGUCAAUGCUGUUGCAGCAUCUGGUGCAUCUGGAUCCCACCCAUUACUUGCAUCAUGCUUGAAUGGCUUGGGGAAGUUCUCUCAUUUGAUUGAUUUAGAUUUUAUGGGUGAUCUUAUGGGCUGCCUCAAGAAGCUUGCUGGAUAUAGUGACCACUUUGAUGGCUCUUCAUCUGAAAGUUGCUUGUCUGUUUCAGAACGUUUCCAAUGCUGCCUUGUGGCAUUUAGAGUAAUGAGGAACAACCUAGAUGCAUUGAAUGUCGAUCUGCAGGAUUUUUUCGUUCAGCUUUAUAACCUUCUUUUGGAGUAUAGACCUGACAGGGAUCGGGGUGAGGUGUUGGCUGAAGCUUUAAAAACAAUGCUAUGGGAAGGAAAACAACAUGAUGUGCAGAGAGCAGCUGCUUUCAUAAAACGCCUGGCAACUUUUUCUCUGUCCUUUGGUUCUGCAGAGGCUAUGGCAGCCUUGGUGACAAUAAAACAUCUACUCCAGAAGAACAGCAAGUGCCGCAAUUUGUUGGAGAAUGAUGCUGGUGGUGGUUCAUUCUCUGGUUUAGUAGUGAAGUAUCAACCGGAGGCUGCAGACCCAAACCUGAGUGGUGCUCUCGCUUCGGUUCUAUGGGAGCUUAGUCUUCUGGCAAAGCAUUACAAUCCGUCCAUUUCAUCCACGGCGACAAGUAUUUCAAGCAUGGCAAGCAUGGACCCUGCCCAGAAUCAGGUUUACCUCUCCACAACAUCCCCACUGCAAGCCUUUAAAGACUUGUCAAUCGAACGAGAGCUGUUCAAACCAACUGGUAAACCAGUCUCUCUAAAUCGUAAAAGGAUGAGGGGAAAGGAUUUUGUUAUCAUCAGUCCUGAUGAAGUUCAGAAAGUGGAGAACACAAUAGAUGAGGAAGAGGUGAAAUGCAGGUUGGAAGAACAUUUCAUGGUGCUUAGAGAUAUUGCAGAAAAUGAGAGACUGAGGGGGGAGUUGAAUCACACUCUAUCAUCAAUCAAGUUGUACAAGGAGUACAAGAGACAGAAAAAGCAAAGAGAUACUUCAAAUACGUAGAAGAAACGGGAAUGGGAAGGUUAUGUGAUAGUCUUAAGUUUAUUAAGUUUUGCAAAUCCUUACCUGCUGCGGCAGUGUGCUCGACUUCUUGUUUUGGAGUAUGUAAUGAUUUUAGUUUAGUUUUCAAUUUAUCAAAAUGACAAGUGAUGGCAUGGAAUUUACUAAGAGAAGAGCAGGCUAUUAGUAAUUUCACCCCUAAUAUUGGAUUGUGGCAGUGAUCAUCUGGUCGAAACUAAUAUGGUUCGGUUUGGAGGGAUAAAA